GCCAAGCUUCCGCCUCUAGUCACCCCGGCAGGCCUUCGGGACCAGGCCCAGCAGCUACCGCCGAUGGCUACAAAAUGUGGGAAGUGUGGACCCGGCUACCCCACCCCGCAGGACGCCAUGAAAGGGCCCAGGGAGGAGAUCGUCUACCUGCCCUGUAUUUACCGGAACACCGCCACUGAGGCCCCAGACUAUCUGGCCACGGUGGACGUUGACCCCAAGUCACCCCAGUAUUGCCAGGUCAUCCACCGGCUGCCCAUGCCCCACCUGAAGGACGAGCUGCACCACUCGGGGUGGAACACCUGCAGCAGCUGCUUCGGGGACGGCUCCAAGGGGCUGCUCAGAUGUCGGGUCCAAGCUCCCCGUCUGCUUUCUGCCUCGCAGGGGGGCCCUGGAAGUGGGCCCCCUUUUCCCGGCCCCGUCCCCCCUUCAGACCAGGCGGCUGGUGGGGCUGCCGGAGAGGACGAAGCGCUGGCGCUCCCUGGGGGCCCGCGGCUGGGCGGGCUCCCCACAGCCAGGCCGGGGCGGCCGCGUUGGGGGGGGCCGGGCCUGGGGGCCCGCGGCUGGGCCCUGACCCGCCCCUGCUCUCAGGUCAUCGAGCCCCAGGAAGUGCAUGCCAAGUGUGGCCUGGGCUACCUGCACACCAGCCACUGCCUGGCCAGCGGGGAGGUGAUGAUCAGCGCCCUGGGAGACCCCCAAGGCAACAGCAAAGGGGGUUUUGUGCUGCUGGACGGGGAGACCUUCGAGGUGAAGGGCACCUGGGAGAAGCCCGGGGGCGCGGCGCCCAUGGGCUACGACUUCUGGUACCAGCCUCGCCACAACGUCAUGAUCAGCACGGAGUGGGCGGCCCCCAACAUCCUGAUCGACGGCUUCAAUCCUGCCGACGUGGAAGCAGCCCUGCACGCCCCCACGCCCACCCCACCCCUCCCCCAGCUGUUCAUCGGGGGCAGCAUCGCCCAGGGGGGCCCCGUGCAAGUGCUGGAGGACCAGGAGCUGCAGUGCCAGCCAGAACCCCUGGUGGUCAAGGGGAAACGGGUGGCCGGCGGCCCCCAGAUGAUCCAGCUCAGCCUGGACGGCAAGCGCCUGUACGUCACCACGUCGCUGUACAGCGCCUGGGACAAGCAGUUCUACCCGGAUCUCAUCAGGGAAGGCUCCGUGAUGCUGCAGGUCGACGUGGACACGGUGAAUGGAGGGCUGAAGUUGAACCCCAACUUCCUGGUGGACUUCGGGAAGGAGCCCUUGGGCCCGGCCCUGGCCCACGAGCUCCGCUACCCUGGGGGCGACUGCAGCUCGGACAUCUGGCUUUGAAGGGCCCCGUGGCCGCCCCAAGCCCAAGCCCUCGCCCUGCAGGGACCGGUUCCGCUUCCCCCCAGCGCCGCCCGCACCCGCCUCUGCAGCUGGUGCUAAACAGCCCAGCCAGGGAGCGGACUUGCUUCGCAGUCUCCUCACCAGCGCCCUGGCGCAGCCGCUAUACUGUCUGUUCACGAGCUCCGAGAAAGCAUUUCACAAAAAAAUAAACCAAUGAACCUAU